AUGUCUGCGUCUUUCGGGUCCAACCACCAUGGUCUCCAGGUAGGGUACAAUUAUGGGUCGAUCGAGUUCCCCCCGCCGGAAAGACGGGAAACGCCGCCGAUUCCCUUCGCGACCAUCCCCUUCUCCCGCGACCCCGAUUUCGUCAACCGUGGAGACAUUCUCGAUCAAAUCGACGAGCGCUGUUUCGAGCUGGCCGGCCGUGUGGCCCUCGUGGGCCUGGGCGGUGUCGGCAAAUCGCAGUUGGCCAUUGAAUAUGCGCAUCGGAUCGCCGCGGGGCAUCUUGACAGAUGGGUAUUUUGGGUCCACGCCGGCACGCAGGCGCGUGUCGAAGAGGGUUUCAGAAAGAUUGCCGACAACGUCAAGCUACCAGGCCGAAACCAGCCCGGGGCCGACAUCCCACAGCUUGUCUACGGCUGGCUGUCCAACGAGCGGAACGGCAGAUGGAUCAUAAUCCUUGACAGCGCUGACGACCGCAAUGUAUUCUACAGUAGCGACAACGUAUGCAACAGGAAACCAUUUGCAGACUUCCUACCACAGAGUCGAAACGGGUCGAUCAUCAUCACAACACGCAAUAAGGACCUGGCUUCCAGGCUGACCGGACGCCGCCAAAACAUCAUCGAGGUCGGACCGAUGGUGCAGAUGGACGCCCUCACGCUCCUGGAGAGGAAGCUGGGAUCGAUCCUGAAUACCGAUGCGGCAGCCAAGCUUGAGACUGAGCGCAAAAAGAGCAGGCUUUUAGAGCAUGAUGCUGGAGACCUACGUCGGGAUGGAGGCGCGUCGAACGCGAUUCUCACGACAUGGCAGAUAUCUUUUGACCAUAUUCGGUCCGAGCGGCCUUCUGCGGCGGAUCUCCUUUCGCUUAUGAGCUUCUUUGAUCGACAAGGCAUUCCGGAGUCGCUCCUAAAGUCCUCUAAGCAGACCAAAACCGCAACUCGAGCAAGUGGUUCCGAAGAUGCAGAAGACUCAGGAUCCGACAGCAGCGAUGACGAGAUGGACGGUCGGUUCGAAGACGAUGUGGCAAUAUUACGGGACUACGAUCUUAUCGUCGUGAAUGAGGCGGGGGACCAGUUUGAGAUGCAUGGGCUCGUGCAGCUGUCGAUGAGGAAGUGGCUGGAAACGUUUCGGCAGCAGGAGACGUUCAAGCAGCAGUUCAUCGAGCAAAUGGCAGCGUCAUUCCCGACAGGGGAGUACGAGAACUGGGUGAAGUGCUGGAGUCUCUUCGCGCACGUUCAAGUGGCCCUUGGUUACCAACCCAGCGAAGAGACAGUCGAAAUAUGGGCGACACUUUUGCAUAACGGGGGAUGGUAUGCAUGGUCGCAAGGGAGAUAUGAAGUUGCAGAGCAGAUGCUAGGCAAGGCGAGAAAUGUUCGCAAGAAAAAGUUGGGUGCAGAGAAUAUGGCGACUCUUGCAAGUAUAUCACUAUUUGCUCUGGUCCAAAUGGACCGCGGCCAGUGGGAGGAGGCCGAGAAGCUGUUUGUGCAGGUGAUGGAGACGAGCAAGACCAAGCUCGGGGCCGACCACCCAGACACGCUGACGAGCAUGGCCAACCUGGCAUCGACAUUUUGGAACCAGGGCCGGUGGGAGGAGGCCGAGAAGCUGGACGUGCAGGUGAUGGAGACGAGCAAGACCAAGCUCGGGGCCGACCACCCAGACACGCUGACGAGCAUGGCCAACCUGGCAUCGACAUACAGGAACCAGGGCCGGUGGGAGGAGGCCGAGAAGCUGGACGUACAGGUGAUGGAGACGAGCAAGACCAAGCUCGGGGCCGACCACCCUUCCACGCUGAUGAGCAUGGCCAACCUGGCAUCGACAUUUUGGAACCAGGGCCGGUGGGAGGAGGCCGAGAAGCUGGACGUGCAGGUGAUGGAGACGAGCAAGACCAAGCUCGGGGCCGACCACCCAGACACGCUGACGAGCAUGAACAACCUUGCGUUUACUUGGAAAGGUCAAGGUCGACACACAGAUGCUUUGGCAUUGAUAGAGGACUGUGCUCAGGCUCAGCAGCGAAUCCUUGGCGCAGACCAUCCAUACACUCGGUCGUCCUUGGCCACUGUAGCUAAGUGGAGUAGCUAG